UCCACACCACGUCAUUUCCUCUUCCUUUCCUUCAACUCUCUCAAACGCCAAAUUACACAAAACCAAACCCUAAAUCUUUAUGAGAAAAAACAAAUGUUUGAUCAAUAUUCCAGUGAGGAGUCUCCCCUCCACAGCCUCCAGGCCACCACCGGCCAAAGCCCUCCGACGACGGCGACCCUGCAAAUUAUCACCAUUAGUGCAGGAGUGGAAGGUUGUUUAGAAUUAGAUGGUUCUUCCAGCGAUCGGACGCAGGAGAAUGCGGAACUAAAUCCACAAGACGCCUGGCUUCCUAUCACAGAAUCCAGAAAUGGAAACUUCUUCACUUGUGUAUUUCAUUUGCUUUCUUCAGGACUCGGAUUUCAAGCUCUUUUACUUCCUCUUGCCUUCUCCAUUCUUGGAUGGACAGGGGGGAUCAUAUGUUUAUUGCUUGCAUCUACGUGGCAGCUCUACACGACAUGGGUCCUAGUUCACCUUCACGAGGCACUCCCUGGACCCCGAUGCAGCAGAUUUCUUCAACUUUCCGUAGCCUCCUUUGGUCCAAAGCUAGGGAAACUUCUAGCAAUAUUUCCAGUCAUGUAUUUAUCAGGAGGAACGUGCGUGAUAUUAAUAAUCACGGGAGGCAGGACUAUGGAACUAUUUUACGACACCGUAUGUGGCAGCGGAGCCUCAUGCGACGCCAAGUCGUUAUCUGGGACAGAGUGGCUCUUGGUCUUCACUUGUGUUGCUAUAAUUAUGGCUCAACGCCCUAACUUGAAUUCCAUCGCUAGCGUCUCCUUCAUUGCUGCAAUCACAGCCGUUGGAUAUUAUUCUUUGAUUUGGGUAUCCACCAUCCCAAAGGAUAGACUUGAUAAUAUGUCACGUGACCCUUUACAAAAUGAAAAAUCUCAUAUGACUAGAGUCUCUUCUAUCUUCAAUGCAUUUGGAAUCAUUGCCCUUUCUUUUAGAGGUCACAAUCUUGUGCUUGAAAUUCAGGGAAUAUUACCUUCAAGUUCAAAACAUCCCUCAAGGAAGACAAUGUGGAGAGGAGUUCUUAUAUCAUAUCUUAUUAUAACAAUUUGCAUACUUCCCCUUGCAAUAUCAGGAUUUUGGGCAUAUGGAAACAAGAUACCUUCAAAAAUAGGAAAUAUAAGCGAAAUCUUACAAUUUUACACCCGCAAUGCCUCAAAAUCUAUAAAGGGUCUAACAUAUAUGCUGGUGCUGAUAAAUUGCUUGACUUCAUUCCAACUCUUUGCCAUGGUAGUUUUUGAUAAUUUUGAGUUGAGGUACAUCAGCAUCAAGAACAAACAAUGUUCAUUCUGGGUUCGAACAGGUUUGCGCCUUUUAUUCGGAGGAUUGGCAUUCUUGAUAGCUGUCUCUUUUCCAUUUUUGCCUAGUCUUGCAAGCUUAAUAGGAGGAAUUGCAUUACCUUUAACCUUUGCUUACCCUUGUUUCAUGUGGAUAUCAAUCAAGAAACCACUUAAGAAUAGCUUCAUGUGGUGUUUCAAUUUUGGGCUUGGAGGCUUAGGCCUGGUUUUGAGUGUCUUAGUAGUUGCAGCUGCUGUAUGGAAUUUAUCUACUAAAGGCUUGCAUGCCAACUUCUUCAAGCCUUAAUAAUAAAUUCUUUUUCUACUUUAA